AUGGAUGCUUUUGAGAAUAUGUCUGUAUCAAAUCAUCCGGGCGGUAACGCAAGAAGAAACUCCCAAUCAGCAAACGAAAUGCUUGCAUCGCAAAUUCAGGAUUUCCAGAAUAUUCCAAGGUCUUUCAAUGACAGCAAUGCAAAUGUAAAUUUGUCAAAAAAUUGUACUGUCGGCAAUCAACUGCCUUUCUCAUCACGUCAACAAAAAAUUAUCAUGGAACAUUUACUGAUAACGAAGAACAAUUCUCAACAGCAGAAGGACUAUUCACACGUGCCAUGCAAAUUUUUUAAGAUGGGCAAUUGCCAAGCUGGCUCGUCUUGUCCCUUUUCCCAUUCCCCAGAUAUUAUCAGUUCUGCGAAUAAUUUACCUUGCAAGUAUUUCGCAAAGGGUAACUGUAAAUUCGGUAACAAGUGUGUUAAUGCUCAUGUGCUGCCAAAUGGGUUCAAGAUGAACAGUAAAGAACCUAUUGACAUCACUCCCCCUUCACAAAACAACUACUUAUCCCAUGCUAGAUCAGCUUCUUUCUCUACCUACACGUCUCCUCCUCUGUCUGCACAAACGGAAUUCUCUCACUCUGCUUCGAAUGCAAACUACUUUUCCUCGCAAUACCUAAUGUAUUCGCCUCAGAAAAGUCCAGAGGCCCUAUAUACUGAAUUCUUUUCUCCCCCUUCGUCUUCUUCUUCGUACAUCAACUAUAGCUAUAAUAACUCCAACAUUAAUGCCUAUUCUCCAGUCUCUUCGUCUUCAUCUAACAUUUGGCAAGAGCAAGGCCAAACUACGUUAUCGAAUCCGAGUGUGAAUCAGAAUUUAAGGUAUCGUACAGGCCCUGCAAUUCAAGAAGAAUCAGAUAAUGAAAUUGAAGAUUUACUUAUUCACAAUUUCAAUUCCAGAUACUGUCAUGAAUGA